UUAGUUGGCGGACGUGGAACCGGUUUAAGAAGCGCGCCAAUAUCUCAUUCCCUUUCCUUUAACACCCCCUUUUUCAAAAUUUCAAUCUUUUUGGCAGUGACAUGGGAAAUCUUCAUCUGGGUCAUUCUCUGAUUCUGAAUCUAUAGCACACAUCAUGCCGCCCCACUAGUGCCAUGUCUGAGUUUAAGGGUUUUAUUUUUAAUUUUUUUUAACCUUGUCCAAUUUUUUUCAUCUUGAGGUUUUUGGAGACUUAGAUGAGAGGCCUGAGUAGAAAGCAUGAUGCUUGAGCUUUGUCCUCUACACUGGUUUCCAUACAAUUUUAUUCAGAUGGAAUGGCAGAUCCUGAGAGUUAUGGGAGUCAUGAGCGUGAUAUUGAGCAAGCAUUGAUUGCUUUAAAAAAGGGCACUCAGCUAGUAAAGUAUUGUCGAAAAGGGAAGCCAAAAUUUUGUUCAUUCAGGCUCUCAUCGGAUGAAACAAAACUGAUUUGGAUUUCUCAUGGAAAGGAAAAGUGUCUAAAAUUGUCUUCUGUUUCACACAUCAUCCCUGGACAGAGAACAGCUGUCUUUAACAGAUACUUGCGCCCUGAAAAGGAUUAUCUGUCAUUUUCACUUAUUUAUAAAAAGGGGGAACGAUCACUUGAUCUGAUCUGCAAGGACCAAGCAGAGGUAGAGGUAUGGUUUUCAAGCCUUAAGGCAUUAAUUUCCACUGGAGAGCGUAUUAGGCAUGGAACAAGUGAUUUAACCAAUGAUAGUGGUGACUCUGUUCACUCUAGUCGCUCUGCUCCAAAUGAUCGUCCUCAUGCUGGAACACUAGAGUAUGCAUCAAGCGUUGCCCGUGGCAGGUUUUCAUUUGAAUCGGUGUCUCAUGAAUCUACAUCUUCUGGGUCAAGAUCAGAUGCUAGUAUGCCACUAAGGACAAGCGUUGGAGAUGGUGCUCGUGUUAGUGUAUCAAGUAUUAGCCACUCAAGUAGUGUAGGAUCAGGAUCAGGAAUAGAUGACAUAGAAUCGCUAGGUGAUGUUUAUGUAUGGGGAGAAGUUUGGGCAGAUGGAAUACCAUCUGAUGGAUUGGGGAGUCAGACCCCUCUUAAGACAGAUGUGCUGAUUCCUAAGUCAUUAGAGUCUGAUGUUGUUCUUGAUGUUCAUCAAAUUGGGCCUGGUGUACGUCAUGUUGCUCUAGUUACAAGGCAAGGGGAGGUUUUUACUUGGGGAGAGGACUCUGGUGGAAGACUUGGUCAUGGGUUUGAAAAAGAUUUUGGCCGACCUCAUCUUGUGGAGUCCCUGGCAGUUACUAAUGUGAGUUAUGUUGCAUGUGGUGAACAUCAUACAUGUGCUGUGUCUGCAUCUGGUGACCUAUUCACCUGGGGUGAUGGUACACAUUGUGCAGGACUUCUUGGUCAUGGAAGUGAUGUUAGCUACUGGACACCAAAGAGGGUUAGUGGCCCUUUAGAGGGACUUCAGGUUGUAUCUGUAGCAUGUGGCACAUGGCAUUCAGCAUUAGCAACCUCUUAUGGGAAAUUGUUUACCUUUGGUGAUGGAAAAUUUGGUGUAUUGGGCCAUGGAGAUCGAGAGAGUGUGCCAUAUCCAAAGGAGGUACAAUUAUCGAGUGGACACAAGACUAUUAAGGUUGCAUGUGGAGUGUGGCACACAGCUGCUAUUGUAGAGGUUACUGAUCCACCUAGUUCAAAUGCUUUGUCCAGGAAGCUCUUCACAUGGGGUGAUGGUGACAAAUAUCGCUUGGGUCAUGUUAACAAGGAAACUUACCUUAAACCAACUUGUGUAGCUGCACUUGCUGAAUAUAGUUUUCAGCAGAUUGCAUGUGGGUACACUAUGACUGUUGCACUCACGGCAUCUGGUCAUGUUUUCACUGUCGGAGGCACAACAUAUGGUCAAUUAGGAAAUCCAAUGUCUGAUGGAAAAGUUCCAAUUCUAGUCCGAGACAAGUUAUUAGGCGAGUUUGUUGAGGAAAUAUCAUGUGGUGCACAUCAUGUAGCUGUAUUGACUUCAAGAAGUGAACUAUAUACUUGGGGGAGAGGUGCCAAUGGAAGAUUAGGACAUGGAGACACGGAAGACCAGAAAACUCCAACAUUGGUGGAAGCAUUGAAAGACAGGCAUGUUAAGAAUAUCUCAUGUGGCUCGACCUUUACAUCUUGUAUAUGCCUACAUAAAUGGGUUUCUGGAGUUGAUCAAUCUGUUUGCUCUGAUUGUCGACAACCAUUUGGUUUUACUAGAAAAAGGCAUAAUUGUUAUCAUUGUGGAAUUGUGUUCUGCCAUCCUUGUAGUUCAAAAAAAGCCUUGAGAGCAGCACUGGCUCCAACACCUAGCAAACCACAUCGCGUGUGUGAUGCUUGUUAUACUAAGCUAAAAGGUUCUGAUAGUUCUUCCAAUUUUAAUAGAGAAAUUACUCGUCCUUCUAGUUCCAUAAGUGGAAGGGAAAGAUUUGACAGGGGAGAGAUAAAGUCUUCAAGAGUUCUCUUGCCUUCCAUCACAGAACCGGUAAAAUACCUUGAGAUUAGGAGUAAUAGGCCUGGAAGUACACAUGACUCCUCUUCCAUAGUCCGAGCUGCUCAAGUUCCUUCAAGUUUACAAUUAAAAGAUGUAACAUUUCCAAGUUCAUUGAGUUCUGCCCAGAAUUUAUUCAAGCUUGUUAUACCGUCAAGUCAACCUCCAACUCCACCAACACCAGCUACUUUGAGACCUAUGUCACCAUAUGCUAAAAGACCACCAAGCCCACCACGUUCUACCUCCCCUGGAUUUUCAAGAAGCCUUGUUGAUAAUUUAAAGAGGAGAAAUGAUUAUUUGAAUCAAGAAGUCUCAAAAUUGCACAACAAAAAUCGAAGUUUGAGGCAAAAGAGCGAAUUGCAAGAUAUGAAGAUUCAGGAGCUUCAGAAACAUAUUGAAAAAGCCAUGUCACAAGUUGGAGAGGAAUCUUCUAAGCUUAGAGAAGCAAGGGUAUUUAUCAAGUCCAUGACAGAUAAGUUGAGGGAAGUGGCUGAGACGUUGCCACCUGAAAUUUCUGAUGACGAAACCUUGAGAACAAUGCAAGCUCAAGCUGAAGAAUUUCUUCUUGAGGAAAAGGAUUUUGAAUCUUCUUCCUCACCACCAAGGCUUGAGCCUGAGCAACAAAGUGCACCCGAUGAAACUGCCUCAAAUAGCGACUCUUUGAAACUGCAAGAGCAAAGAAUGGAAAGAAAUGAUGAUGCUGCUGGGGCUGCUCCAGGUAUAAUUGGAGGAAAUGUUCUUGAAGAAAGCAACAAAUCAUCUGUAUCUAGUACAGGAGUGCCUCAGCCAACCUCCGGAUAUGGUUCAAGAUUACAUGACUCUAGUAUACGAGUAAGAGAAGGAGAAAGAUCAGUCAUUGAACAAUUUGAGCAUGGUGUUUAUGUCACACUCAUUGUACUCCCUAGUGGUUCCAAAGUUUUCAAACGAGUUAGAUUCAGUAAACGAAGAUUCAAUGAGCAACAAGCAGCAGAAUGGUGGAACCAAAACAAAGAUAGGGUGCACAAUAAAUAUAGUGCAUGUGCUGAAGAUGAUAGUGAGGCAUUACCCUCUUCCUAAACUUAUUUCUGUGGUCUACCCAGGCAUCCCAUAGUCUGAUGGAAUGAUCCAGAGCAUAGAAGCAGCAUCUAUUUAUCAAGUGUAAAAAAGUCUAUCUUAGGCAAAUUAGUGUAAAAAACUUGACAGCAUCUACAACAAUCUGGAUAUGACAUGCAAUAGAGGAUAGAACAUGUAGUAAGGUUUAGAGGUAGUAAAUUUACUUUUCAUUAACAUGCUUUGGAUCUCAUUCUUUCCUUGUAACUCUUCCUCUAUAAAUCCAUGUGUUAGUUUUGUAUUUUGGGUCUACAGUCAUAGAGGUCUUGUUAUUCGUAUUGUACAUUGGGACAGGUGUAAUUUGUUUAAAUCCUCUAAAAAUUCUAGAGAAGCAGUUAAUAUAUGAAUGAUGAUGAAUAAUGCUACAAAUACACUUUAU